CCAGGGUCUGAGCGUCCGGCUCCAGUCAUCUGCAUUACCCAAAUAGAGCUGCUUCCAGCCUGAAGCAGGGGCAAAACCAGGACCAACCAUAGAAUCAGGACCAAGCCUCCCCUGCCCGCUACGCUGGGAUGGCUUAUAAGCAAAUUAUCCCUGUAGCCUUGACUUAGUGAGUGCUCAGAGUCAGAAAAGAGUGAACACUCUUGACGCACGGAAGAGCCCAGAGUCUCCCAGCUCAGAUCCCCAUAGCAGCUACAUUCCAGCAGUGAGAGGCCCCCGGGGCGACUGUGUUCUCAGGGAUCUGAGUUCUGAAGCCAAGAAUUCUGAAAAAAACAGACUCCGUUGACCAAACUAUGGCCCACCCUUGACACUUUGCGAAAAGUCCAGCUGUUUCAGUAAUUUCAUCCUUGUCCAGGCCCAACCUUCACCAUGGAUUCUGGGGAGAAGAUCAAAGCCAAAAUCAAAAGGAACUUGACUGUGACGGGUCCUCAGGCUCCCUCCAUCAAGGAGCUGAUGAGAUGGUACUGCUUGAACACCAACACCCACGGCUGCCGGCGGAUUGUGGUGUCCCGGGGCCGUCUGCGCAGGCUUAUUUGGAUCAUAUUCACACUGGUGGCGGUGGGGCUCAUUUUGUGGCAGUGCGCCCUGCUCGUCCUCUCCUUUUAUACCGUCUCUGUCUCCGUCAAGGUCCGUUUCCAGAAGCUCGAUUUCCCGGCUGUCACCAUCUGCAACAUCAACCCUUACAAGUACAGUGUUGUGAAAGAUCUUCUGGCUGGCUUGGAUCAAGAGACCAAAAAUGCCUUGAAGAAUUUAUAUGGACUUUCCAACAUCAAAUCCCGGAAGCGGCGUGAGGCUGAUGUCCCCCAAUCGACUGAGGGAGACAGCCAUUCAAAAUUCUUGAACAUCCUGCCUCUUAUGGUCUUUGAGUCAGAUGAUACGACCACGGAAGCUACCGACCUCCUGACAGGAAGAAAACGGAAAGUCAGUGGCACCAUCAUCCAGAAGGCCUCAGAUGUUAUGCAUGUGCAGGAGACCAAGAAAACUGUGGGCUUCCAGAUGUGUGAAAAAAAUGGCACCAGUAACGAUUGUGCAACAUAUACCUUCAACUCUGGGGUCAACGCCAUUCGGGAAUGGUACAAGCUGCACUAUAUGAAUAUCAUGGCACAAGUGCCCCUGGAGAAGAAAAUCAACAUGAGUUACUCUGCAGAGGAAUUGAUGGUGACCUGCUUCUUUGAUGGGGUUUCUUGUGAUCCCAGGAACUUCCAUCGUUUCCAUCAUCCAAUGUAUGGGAAUUGUUACACCUUCAAUGGCGCCACCAAUGAGACCAUUCUCAGUACUUCCAUGGGAGGCAGUGAAUAUGGACUGCAGGUCGUCCUUUACGUAGAUGAAGAAGAAUAUAACCCCUUCUUGAUAUCAUCAACUGGGGCUAAGGUCGUUAUCCACAGGCAGGAUGAAUAUCCCUUUAUUGAAGACAUAGGAACAGAAAUUGAGACAGCCAUGGCCACUUCGAUAGGAAUGCACCUGACAGAGUCCUUCAAGCUGAGCGAGCCAUAUAGCCAGUGCACGAAGGAUGGCAGUGACGUGCCCAUCAAGAGUAUCUACAAUGCCACCUAUUCUCUCCAGAUGUGUCUUCAUUCCUGUUUCCAGAGGCAUAUGUCGGAAAAGUGCCAUUGUGCCCAGUACAGUCAACCCGCACCAGAAAAUGUCUCCUACUGCAAUUACCAGAAACACCCCAACUGGAUGUAUUGCUACUAUAAGCUGCACCAGGCAUUUGUCCGAGAAGAACUAGGCUGCCAGGCCAUCUGCCGGGAAUCUUGCAACUUUAAAGAAUGGUCUUUGACCACCAGUCUGGCUCAGUGGCCAUCUGACAUUUCAGAGAACUGGAUGCUGGAUGUUCUCACAUGGGAUCAAGGUCAUAAAGAAAACAAAAGGCUAAACAAGACGGACUUAGCCAAACUCUUGAUUUUCUAUAAGGAUCUGAACCAGAGGUCCAUCAUAGAGAGUCCUGCCAACAGUAUUGAGAUACUGUUGUCCAACUUUGGAGGGCAGCUGGGCCUCUGGAUGAGCUGCUCUGUGGUCUGUGUCCUUGAAAUCAUCGAGGUCUUCUUUGUUGAUUCCUUCUCCAUCAUUGCCCGGCGCUGCUGGCAGAAGACCAAGAAGCGGUGGGCCCAAAGGAAGAUCCAACAGGGCCAGUCAUCCUCUGGGAACCCUGCAGACCUUACUGGCUGUGACAAUCCAACCUGUGUUCUUGAUGAUGACCUACCUACCUUCAACACUGCUCUGCAGCUGCCUCAGGCCCCAGGAAGCCACGUGCCUGGGACUCCACCACCCAAGUACAACACUCUGCACAUUGAAAGGGCCUUUUCUAACCAACUUCAAGACACCGAAGACCCAGAAAAGCCCUGAGUUUGGAGGAGCCCCAUCCUUCUGCUAGUACCAAGAAGAAAGGAGGAGCCAGAAUGACUGUCUGUGGGCAGCUGGGUCAGCAUCUGCCCUGGACACUGCCCUUCCAAUUAGAGCCAGACCCUCCCUCCUGCUAGUCUGAGGCUCUAAAUCUACCCCUGGAACCUGUAUGGCAGACCCUGCACCUGAGAAAAAUGCUAUCGUCCAUUUUUCUGAAAUGUUGAUUGAGACUUAUUUUUGAAAUGGUAUCAAUAGGCCCUGGGCACAGGCAAGGGCUUCCAGCUAAAGGCUGACAGCUACCCAGGUGGAGUUGUCCUUCAUCAACCCAUUGCUGCUGACAGAUGCCUCAUUUCUCUCAUAGCUGAGGGAAUAAGGGAGGAUCCAGGACCAGAACUUCCACAUCUUUGGGGAUUUUUGUAAAGAGGCAAAUUUAGCCUUGAUUAUAGGGGGAAACCUCCACAGUUAGAGCUCCCCUCAAGCAAAUGUUGGAUGGCCAUUUGGGUACAUUGAAGAGGGAGUCCUUUUUCAGGUAUGGAUUGGACUACCUAGGUAGUCAUUGAGGCCCAUUCCAGCCAUGAAUAUCUGUAAGGCAGGAACCAAGGAAGUGUUCUGUAAGAGCCUGGCAAACAGAGGCAAGGUAACAAAGUCUAAAAACCAUUGCACUGACGUGACUGCAGAGAUUGAGACAAGCAGGCCAGCCCAGAGGAAGGGCUGAGCCCCACUCACUAUCAAUCGAGUAUCACUAGGGUAAAAAAAAGGCUUUUCUCUCAUGGCCAGACUGGCUGUGUGGGAUAUUGCACCCUGGGAACCUCUAUAACAUAGAAAGGUGUUCCUGGUCUAUGACUGAUGCUGCUUUUAAAGUGAAUUAUUUAAAACUAUGUGACCUGGAAAGUCUGUCCAAAUGAGAGAUCUAUUUUUGAAUAAACUUGGUGUGUUUGUUUUUUUAAUUAA